UUCUAUUAAAAAGAUGUUUAUCUAAACACAAUAUAAAACAUAUAGCGUGAAGGAAACUGUUUGUUUCGAGAGGAUACAUUUUGAAAAUGUCACAUCAAUAUUUAUUGAAAUAUUUUAUAUUUAUUAUUGUUUUUAACGAUGUUAAAUUUGCUCUUGCUGACGAUGAUGAUGGGUGUGUGAUAAGCUUCAGUGAUGUGGUCGAAGAGUGCGACGGCUUCGACAAUCAGUUUGCAAAAUUGAAAUCUAUGUCCUUGGGAUAUGUUCAUAAUAAUGGAAGUGCAGUUAGCCUAUCUGGUACAAUAAGUUUGUCCGACGAAAUUGAUGACGGAUAUCAGUUAGAGUUACAAAUAGCAAAAGUCUCUGGUUCAUCGUGUAAUGAUAUUAUGUGGAUAGCAGCGAGUAAUAUCUGUGCUAGUUUGAAAGAGGAAGACAUGCCGUGGUACGAACUAGUACAAAAUUUGAAUAUAAAAGAAUGUCCAAUUGUUAAGGCUGACUACCCCAUGGACAACCUACUUAUAGAAGACGGCUCGGCAUCGGACUUCUGCACCCCCGAAAUGGUUGGUGAAUAUUGCAUACAGCUAUCGAUAACAGACAGCAUGAACCAGCAAGUAGUGUGUUACACUUCUUACAUCAGUGUAGAGGGCGGCGAUAAAUAACUUCAAAUUAUUUAUAAAAUCAAUAAGCUUUAAGUCAAAAAACUAUUCAAAUUUGUGGAACCGGAUUCAAUUCUUUUAAUACUUAUAAUUUCUACCCAGAUUUUAAAAUCUGUCUUAAUUUGUA